CGUGACGUUUCCACAUCCAUUGCUGAUGACGAUGGUAAAUGACUGGGAAGAGAAGUGUCUGCUAAAACAACACUAUUUUCCCCAGCAGGUUUUCUUUCUAAAGACAACAGAAUCAAGAAAUGAAGGUUCAGUGAUUUAAUAGCUGGGGAAGUUUAUUAGAAGGCUCUGGGGGUUUGAAACGUGUCUAAAAUUGUUUUCUGGGCCUGUUGCUAACGACGGGAUAUCCUCGGGCUGACUCGGCAGGCAAACACCGGGGAGAGUGAGCGCAGAUGACCGAAGACUGGAGCUCCGGGCUGCUGCUUUACUGCGACCAGGUUUCGCUGACAUUAACUGGCUUUUCUCGUGUCCAGGGCACCUAUCUCGUCUUCUUAGAUGGUGAGGGAGAUAAAUCAUCGUAGCUGCGGUGUUGUUUUGACAGUUUGCCAGCCUUAGCACUCCGGUGUUUACAGCUAGCUCAACCAGAAGCUCAUUAAAAGUAAACUGCUGUUUGUAUUUGUUUCUGUUUAAAAAGAACAUAUUUGACUUCAAGCACAUUCCGGGAAGCUGGUAGAAGUUUGUAGGAUCGCGGUGCUACUAUCUACAGAGUGGAGGCUAGCUUGGCAGCUAGUUUCUAAGGCUGCCUAGCUGAGGUUAUCACACACUUCAGGCGUAUCUACAAAGUUUGUUAGCUCGUUGAGCUGUGCAGUUAUGGCUUGCUCUCAACGUUGCUGUGUUUAGCUCCGUGUGUGCCACAGAAGGUAUGGUGUGACGUAUUUUAUUUUAAGGUAAAGGGUCUGAUCAGAAAGAUUAGAGAACCAAAGGCAGCUUAUACACUUUUCCGACAGCUACUGGAUGAAGGCUCGCAGAAAAGGUUGGAUUUGGAUGUCGUCAGGACUCGCAGGUUUCUCCUGUUCUGCUAGUCAUUUUUUAUCAUUUAGCAACGUAUAACUUCUGCUACACCAGACGGAACUGAUUCGCCUGGAGGCGCUCUUUGGGCAUAUUUGCUCAAGGAAGAUCCUCAUCCAAGCAGACUAAAAUGAAUCGUUACCUGCCUGUGGCCCGACAGCACUUCCUGGCUGCCCUUGCCAGCACCAGUGUGGUGGUAAAAACUAUCAGUGCUGUGGUGGUCCUCCUCUACCUGCUGUCCUGGGCUGUGGACACUUCAUAUUCACUGGGGGUGACCCCUGGCUACCUGUUUCCACCUAACUUCUGGGUGUGGACUCUGGUGACCCACGGGCUGGUGGAGCAGCAUGUAUGGGGCGUGGCAGCCAAUGUGGGGACAGUCAUGGCCUGUGGGCGCCUCCUGGAGCCUUUGUGGGGUGCUCUGGAGCUCCUGAUCUUCUUCGCAGUGGUAAAUGUGACGGCAGGACUCCUGGCAGGCCUCUCCUACCUCCUCACCUAUGUUGCCACCUUCCACCUGGACUUCCUGUUUGCUGUGCACAUCUAUGGAGUCGCUGGCUUCUUGGGAGGUGUCCUGGUGGCUCUGAAGCAGACCAUGGGGGAUUCCACGGUACUCAGAGUUCCACAGGUGAGACUCAAAGCUGCUCCAGCUUUGGUCCUCCUCUUCCUGGCCUUGCUGCGAUUGUCUGGGCUGUUCGACAGCUGUGCCCCACUGGCUGCUUACAGUUAUGGCGCUCUAUCCGGCUGGGUGUACCUGCGCUUCUACCAGAGACACAGCCGGGGCCGUGGGGAUAUGUCAGACCACUUUGCCUUUGCGAGUUUCUUCCCUGAGGCGGUCCAGCCUGCGGUGGGGCUGCUUGCGGGGCUCGUGCAUGCCGCCCUGGUGAAGAUAAAGGUGUGCAGGAAGAUGGUAAAGAGAUACGAUGUGGGGGCACCCUCCUCUAUUACUAUCAGCUUGCCAGGGACAGACCCACAGGAUGCAGAGAGACGGAGACAAUUGGCCUUGAAAGCACUGAAUGAACGUCUAAAGCGAGUCGAAGACCAGUCCGCUUGGCCCAGCAUGGACGAUGAGGAAGAUGACGACGACGACGAGGUCCGAACCGACACCCAACCGCUCCUCUCCGAUGGGCGUGACACCUUGUCCUCCACACCACGGACAUCCGGAGGACCCACGGGUGCUUCCCUCUCCUCCCCAUCGUCAGCAUCACACAGCGGUGGGACAGCAUCUUCAGGUGGAGUGCAACACCCUGAAUCCAGCAUUAUCACCUUUGAGGAUGCAAGUUCUAGAUCAUAGCAAGAAGGAUCCUGGUGUGUGGAGAUACACGCUCUUGUUGGUGUCGCUGGCAAGUAUACUAGCGCUUCAAGCGUCCCUAACUAGUAUACAUUCAAUAAUGAUGAUUAGAUGUCGGUAUUUCAUUCUAUACACAACAUAUGUGAUGAGUUAACACAUGAAAUUGUGCUCUCACAAACACUCUGUCAAGACUGUAAAGUGCAUUCAGUUCAGACUUGUUGGUUGCAAACACGCUGCGCAGUCAGCCAAACUAAAAACCUAGUUGCUAUUCUCUUUCCUAUGUGCAACUGAAAAUAAAAUAAAGAUCUGUCUUGUUAGGGCCUAAUCCCAACUUGCAGAACUCUGAUCACUGCUACAUGUAUGUCACCUUCUUUGUGAAAUAACAAAAUCAGUGUGCAAAUUCUUUUCUAAGUCUUUUUUUUUUUUAGAACAGCCAUGUUUGAUGUUUUUGCCUGCCUGCUACAAGAAAACAGUUGGUGACAGAUGCACGCUGAAGUUUUUGAUUCCUUGCUUGAUAAGUGCAGACAAAAAUGGCUUCCAGUGACACUAGCUGCUGGUUUGGUUCCAGACGCAUCACCAGCUGUGUAACACAAAGUAUGAACAGCGUCUACAUGGUACCAACCUGCUGAACCAGAGCAAAGAAGUUCCAAUUGAAAGUCGACACCAAGCUCAAAGACUUGAAGAAGUGCAGAAGAAAUUCUCCUGAGGCAUAUUAUUUCCCACAUGAAGUCUCUGUGAAAGCACAGAGGAAGAAAUGGAGUAUAUACCUGUUUUUAUUUUUAACUGCUUUGCUGAAACACUAGAAAAUGUUUAAUUUUUUUCUUCUUCUGGUUCUGUUGAUCUCUAAAAGAAAUAAAAAUUUAGUUUUCUUGGA